AUGGAAUACACCUCCCUGAAGAAUUUCGUGCUAACGGAAAAUCUCAAAGAUUCCGCCAAGACAUCAUUCUAUCAUCAUUCUCAUCAUCAUCACCAUCCACAUCAUAGCAAUGUUAUCGGUCGCGAUAUCCUCUCCAGUUACGAUUUCGUUAUGGAUCAUUUUAAAAAUUGCCACGGUCAUGCCGCGAAUACCGCCGCCGCCGCUGCUGCUGCCGCUGCAGCCAUUAGUAUACCGCCCGUGAUAUAUGAAAAUCAAGAUGAAUCGGAUAUUUAUUUCAAUUAUAAUCCAGCGACAUUGAAUUCCACCUCGUCGUCGCCGCCUUCACCGCCGUCAUCAUCUUCCGCCGCCGCCAUUGUUAACAGUAUAAAUAAUCAAUUUUCAGAUUUAAAAGCCGAUGCCUAUCAAAGUGAUCGACAAAAACAGCGGCGGAUGCGUACCACAUUUAGUUCAGCCCAAAUCAAAGAGCUGGAGAAAAUAUUUCAAGAGACACACUAUCCCGACAUCUAUACCCGUGAAGAAAUUGCAACGAAAAUUGAUUUGACCGAGGCUAGGGUGCAGGUUUGGUUCCAAAAUCGUCGUGCCAAAUUUCGAAAACAAGAAAGACAUUCAAUACAUAUCAAUCGUACAACGUCUUCGUAUUGA